AUGUCGACACAGAUUGGGAUGCCGAAUGCUACGCCGCUGACGACGGUGGCAUGGAGCGGAGCGCACGGAUAUGUGGCUGUGGGCGGCGAGGGCGGGGCCUGCCGGGUGCUACAGCUGGAGCAGGCAGGUCCGGGCACGGCGUCGUCAUUCAGCAUGAACCAGGCGCUGACGGGCCACUCGGCGACACUGUCGCGGUGCCGGUGGAACGAGCCGGCACAGCGGCUGACGACUGCGGCUGAUGGUGUCAUUAUUGUGUGGGCGCUGCAUGAUGGCGCAUGGUUCGAACAGAUGGUCAACGAGCGGGCCGACGGCGGAAACGUGGCCGACUUUGCCUGGUCACCGUCAGGCCUGCUCAUCGCCAUUGCCUACACGGACGGCAUGGUCAUUUUGGGCCACUUGUCAAAGGAGCGGGUGUGGUGCAUCAAUUUUGACAAGCCGUUGACCCGCGUGGCGUGGUCGCCCAAUGGACGGCUGCUGCUGCUGGCAACCGCCGACGGGCAGGUUCAUCUGCACGACGCCGCGAGUGGCGCGUAUUUGACCCGGAUGCAACUGUUCGUGGCGGUUGACGGCCCAUGUCAGCUCCCUCUGCCGCCGACAACGCCUGCCGACCAGCUUCCGGGCGUUGUCGACCUUGCGUGGUUCAACGACGCCAUCCGUGGCGUCGAGGCCGGACUGCCGUCCCUGGCGGUCGCCUUUGACAACGGAUGCGUCCAGCUGAUGCGGUCUGAGAUUGAUGACGCUCCGCUUGUGCUUGACACCAAGUUGCAAAUCUCUACCUUGUCGUGGGACAAGCUCGGGAGCUUGCUGGCGGUGGCGGGCCAGCUGACGCUCCGUGAGCGAGUUGUCUCAGUGGUCCAGUUCUACGAGCCGAACGGCGCCAACGUGUUCACACUCAAGGUGCCCGGCGGCUCGCUGGUGACCGGUCUCUCGUGGUCGGGCAACGGGCUGCGGAUUGCGCUCACGGUUGGGUCUUCCAUCUUCUUUGCCACAGUCCGUCCGCCGCGCAAGUGGACGUACUUUGCCAACACACUCGUGUACUCGUAUCUCAUCUCGAACGACGAGCACUGCAUCACGUUUUGGAACACCAAGACGACCGAGGUAGCGGUCAAGUACAUCAAGCGGGUGGCCGGCAUCUGCGCUGCCGGCCAGCACGCCGCGCUGCUGACCUCGACGGGCGGCGCGCAAUCGGAGGACGUGGCCAUUGUGUUUGACGCCAUUGGCAACCCACUCGUCUCCAAGUAUCUUGCGCUCGAGCCGACACACUUGGCCAUGACACCGCGGCAUGUGGUUGUUGCCUCGCCGCGCGCUGUCUUUGUGUGGGACUACAUUGCAGCGCUGGAGAGCGAGACGCCGCAGGCCAAGUCGCACAAGAUGCUCGGCGGACGUAGCGGCGGCGAUGGACCACCGGUUGCGCUCUUCCACAUCGACUCGGAUCCGGCGUCGACUGCCUCUGAGUUUAUGGAGCUUGCCGACUCGGAGGAGACUGGCGACGUGAUCACGGCAGUGGCAGCGUCAGGCAGCAUGCUGCUGGUGGCACGGGCGUCGGGAACGCUGCUGCGGUACAGCCUGCCGCGGCUCCGGCUGGAGACGCAGUACAACAUUGGAGUGCGGGCCAAGGUGCUCGAGAUCAACUGUGACGGAAGCGUGGUGGCGAUCAUCGACUUUGCAUCUGCACUCUCGCUGUACGCACUGGAAAUGCGCGAGUCUGCAAGCGCGCCGCUGGGCAUGCCGCUGCCGGACUUUGAGCGCAAGAACAACGUGUGGGCCAUCAAGUGGGGCGACGAGCCGUCGCUGCUUGCCGCGGUGGAGAAGGACAAGCUGUAUGUGUACCGCGGCCCGGCGCCGGAAGAGGCCGUGCCAUGCACCUCGUACCUUUGCGAGUUUUCGGACCUAGUGGUCCAGGCCGUCGACCUCGACGCGCUGCUCAUUGAUCCGCAGGUGCCGUCCAAGGCGUUGCUGGUUGAGUAUGAGACGCGCUCGCUGCGAGAUACCCGGGCCAUUGUUGAGUCGGUCAACCUCAAGGAGGCGAUGGGCUUUGUGGCGGACAACCCGCACCCGCGGCUGUGGCGGAUCCUGGCCGAGGCCGCGCUGGAGGCGCUGGAUCUUGGCCUCGCCCGGGCUGCGUUCAUCAAGUACGGUAACUACGAGGGCUUGGUCUUCCUCAAGUCGUUGCGCGAGGUCAAGGACCCGCUCAAGCAGGCUGCCGAAGUUGCAGCGUACUUUGGCCGGUUUGACCAGGCCGAGAAGCUGUACAUGGAGAUGAACCGGUCAGACCUGGCCAUCGGUCUGCGAGUCAAGGUCGGCGACUGGUUCCGGGUGGUCAAGCUCAUCCACGAGACCGGACAGGGUGACGACAAACUCCGGGCGCGGGCACACACUGAGCUCGGCGACUACUACGCCGAGCGCGGGCAGGACGCCAAGGCCAUCCACUAUUAUGAGCUGGCCCACGCUACUGGUCCGCUCGCCGACGCCGCCUACCGGGUUGGCGACUUUGACCGGCUCGCUUCGCUCGUCUCAGAGCUCGGCUCUAGCGACGCGCUGCUGCCCAAGCUCGGCGCCAAGCUGGUGAGCGUGGGCAUGGCCGACGAGGCCGUGGCGGCGUACGUCAAGGCCGGCGACGUCAAGGCCGCCGUCGACGCGUGUGUCAGCCUCCAACGGUGGGACACAGCGCUGCGGCUCGCGGAACGGCACGCCUUUCCAGGCAUCCACGCCCUCCUCGCCGAGUACGCCGACAAGCUCCUGGCCUUGCCCGGCGGUCGGCUCAAGGCCAUUGAGCUCUACUAUCAGGCCCACAAGUACAGCGAGGCCGGUCAGCUCCUUGUCGAGCUUGCGCGUGAGGCUGUCGCCGCCGGCAAGCUUGUGCGCGGCAAGCAGCUGUAUGUUCUCGCCGGGCUGUGUGGACAGGCCAAAGCCAAGAUGGCAAGGCGGGCUGGUGGAGGCGAAGCAGGGAGCGGCAGCAGUGGACGGUCGUCGUGGUCGCCGGACGCCAAGCUUGCUGGCCUCAUGAGCUCGCCAGGCAAGAGCAGCGCCGACGGCGCGGGCGUCGACGGGCUGGCCACCGCGUGGCGCGGUGCACAGGCGCUGCAUCUCUACCUCUUGGCGCAGCGGCAGCUGCACGCCGGCGACGUCGACGCGGCAAUGCGGACCGCACUGCGGGUUGCCGACGACUUUGAGGCUUUCCUCGACUCUCGGGCAGUGGCCUCGCUUGCUGCCCUCACCGCGUACCUCAACCGGUUCUUCAAGCAAGCUUCGCUGGCGUUUAUCAAGCUCGAGAGCCUCGGCGCCAAUGACGAGGCAUACGAGCGGCUGGCGGUGGAGGUCUUCAAGCGUAACGCGCCGCGCGACCGGCGGGCCAAGCCGACAAGCUGUGGAGGGUGCGGGGCGAGCACAGCGCCGUGGGCCUCGUCCUGCAACUCGUGCGACCGCUCGUUUGAGGUCUGCAUCGCCACCGGCGCUACGGUCGUCGACGCCGCCGCCAUCGCCUGGCGAUGCGGCGUCUGCGGUGGAUGCGCUGUCGUCGAUGUCAACGGUGGCGUCUGCGGUGUCUGCGGCGCCGACUCGUAAAAGAACGACCACAGGC